AUGUCACCGACCGUUGGUUUGAUGUCCGCAGUAAACAAUAUCACUUCUUUAGCUGUUGCUCAAGGCACUAAUCUCUUGAAUGGAGAUACAGGUGGAUUCACUGGCCUUCCUUCUGGCUUUUUAUCUGCAUUGGUCAUGAAUACACUUGGUCGUGGAUCCGGUACAGCUGUGGAAGCACUUUCAUGGAUUUAUCUCGGCUUAUCUAUUGUCUGGUUGGGUACAGAAUUG